AUGCUUCUUAUUGGAACAGAUGCACCACAGGCACAUAUACCCUUAGAAGUGCGUUCAGGCCGCCAUGAUCAACCCUACGCCAUUAAAACUCAACUAGGCUGGGCAGUGCGUGGACCUGUUACAGACACUACAACACAGAAAUCAGCUAAUGUAAAUUUUCAGCAGUCAUCUGAUGUAUUGUUACAACAACAACUUGAGAAAAUGUGGACUACGGACUUUGAUGACAAAGUGAAAGUAGAAAGAAAUUCAAUGUCUCUAGAAGACAAGAAAGCUUUAAACACUAUGAACUCUUCGUUGAGAUAUGAAAAUGGACAUUACAAACUGAAAUUACCAUGGCGUGACGAGAAAGCAGUAAUGCCUAACAACUUGACUCUUGCGCAUGCGCGACUCGAACAUUUGAAGAGGAAGUUAGCACGAGAUCAAGAGCUGCAUAAAAUGUACACAGCAUCAGUAACUGACUAUAUCCAGAAAGGACAUGCACAGGAAGUAACACACAUUGAAUCUGAUAGUAACCGCGUGUGGUACUUACCCCAUCAUCCUGUGACGAAUCCUAAUAAGCCCGGAAAAGUGAGAGUUGUAUUUGACUGUGCCGCCAAAUACAAAGGAAUUUCCCUAAAUAGUCAACUUCUACAAGGACCCGACUUUAUGAACAGCUUGGUUGGCGUUUUAAUCAGAUUUCGUCAAGAGCCCGUUGCUAUAGCAGCCGACAUCGAGGCUAUGUUUCAUCAGGUCCGUGUCGAAGAUUUAGAUUGUGAUGCCCUACGGUUUCUAUGGUGGCCUGAAGGGGACAUGACUCAACAACCUAGAUGCUAUAAGAUGCUGGUACACCUAUUUGGCGCGACCUCAUCCCCAAGUUGCACAGCAUAUGCAUUAAUACGAACAGCGUCGGAUAACGCACAUAUGUAUAAACCAGAGGUAGUCAACACCGUUAAAAGGAACUUUUACGUUGACGACUGCUUAAAAUCAGUUUCUUCUGAUGAGAAAGCAAUCGAGUUAGCCGCAGACUUACAGUCAUUGUUAAGGAGAGGAGGAUUUCGUCUGACGAAAUGGCUUAGCAAUAAGAGAGAUGUCGUUGAAUCUAUCCCAGAGUCAGAACGAGCGCCAUCUAUAAUGAAUCUUAGCAAGAGUGACAGUUUGCCAGUAGAUCGUGCCCUCGGUGUUCAGUGGAAUGUAGAAAAAGAUGAACUCAAAUUUAAAGUGAAAGACUUUGGAACCUUAAAGAAUGCCCAGCUACAUGUAUUCUGCGACGGUUCUCAACUUGGUUACGGCGCAUGCGUGUACUUGAGAUUAAAAGAUGAAAAGAACCUGAUUUCAUGCUCUCUGGUUGCUGGAAAAUCACGACUAGCGCCAAUAAAACAGACAUCUAUUCAAAGACUUGAACUUUCAGGAGCAGUUGUCGCUUCCCGGCUUUAUACGCUAGUAGCAGACGAACUAGAAAUAAACAUUGACAGUGUGACAUUCUGGACAGAUUCUAUGAUUGUCCUUGGAUAUAUUAAAAACGAAACCCGGAGAUUCAAAACCUUUGUUGGAAAUAGGGUAAGUGAAAUUCAUGAUGUGACGUCACGAGACCAAUGGAGACACGUAGAUACGGCUUCCAAUCCAGCAGACGUCGCUUCUAGAGGAAUGCAUGCCAGUGAUUUUAAGACAAUGAAAUUGUGGAUGCAUGGACCUGAAUUCCUUCAAAAAGAUGAAAGCCAUUGGCCAAGCCACCUAACUAAACCUGAAUUAGACGACGACGACACUGAGCUGAAAACAGAGGUUGUCGUCAACACAACUAGUGCAGUUGAAUCCAUUCAAAGUAUAAUAGAUAGAUACUCCAGUUGGACGAAGCUGAGAAGGGCCGUUGCUUGGUUACUAAGGUAUAAGGUAUACUGCAGACGUAAACACUUAAACCACACCUUGGGACUGAGUGAAGGUGACUUGAGCACCAAUGAACUCAACAUGGCGGAACAUACCUUAUUAGCGUUGGUUCAACGUACGUCGUUUACCGAUGAGAGAAUAUAUCUACAAAAUGGGAAUUCUGUAAGAAAAGACAGUUGUUUAGCAUCUUUGAACCCGAUUAUACACCAUGACCUGAUCAGAGUACAAGGACGCUUACAAUGCGAAUAUCCAAGCAAAUAUCCAGUCGUACUACCUAGCAAACACCAUGUAACAAAACUAAUAAUAAAACAUAUCCACGAACAUAAUGGUCACGUUGGAAAAGAGCAUGUACUUUCUAUGUCACGUGAGAAAUAUUGGAUUCUACACGGACCUAGCGCAGUGAAGAAUAUUUUGAGAGGUUGCAUCCCAUGCAGACGACAACAUAAACCGUUAAUGACCCAACAGAUGGCGCCCUUGCUAGACGAGCAGACGACACCGGAUAUGCCACCAUUUUCCUAUAUUGGAAUCGAUUAUUUCGGACCAUUUAUUGUGAAGACAGCUCGUGCACGAGAAAAGCGUUAUGGUUGUAUUUUCACGUGCCUAACGUCGCGUGCGGUACAUUUUGAAAUUGCUCACAGUCUUUCUACUGAUUCCUUCAUAUCUGCCUUUCAACGCUUUCAAAGUCGACGUUGA